UAUGACUGCUGUGUGGCAACCUGCCAUCCUCCUCAGUACCCAGUCAUCAUGAGUGUGAAGGUCUGUGUUGGCCUGGUGACUGGGUCCUGGCUGUGUGGGCUAGUGAAUCUGGUCACACACACGGUGCUGGCCAUCACACUCACUCUGUGUGGGCCCCACGAGUUCAGCCAUUUUCUCUGUGACACCCCAUUGCUCCUGAAGCUCUCCUGCUCAGACACCUCUGUCAACGAAUCCGUGCUCCACGUUGUCACUGCCAAUAUGGGCCUGAGCCCCUGCCUCUUCACUGCAGGCUCCUACACACUCAUCAUGGUGGCCAUCCUGGGGAUUCCCUCUGCCCAGGGCAGGAGAAAGGGCUUCUCCACCUGUGCAUCCCCCCUCACUGUCGUGGUGGUCUUCUAUGGAACAGCCAACUUCCACUAUGACAGGCCCAGAGAGCUGGACACAGACACCCUGGUCUCUGUGCUCUUCUGUGUGGUGAGCCCCCUGUUGAGCCCCAUCAUUCACAGCCUGAGAAGCAAGGAGGUCCAGAGUGCCCUGAGGAAGCUGGCUGGAGGGUGUGCAUUCCUUUGCAUGAUCAAAGUCUAG